AUGAUUAAUGUCAUGUUUUCUGAUAAUCCUAGGAAGCCUGAAUUUCUAUCCACUUUUCUCUAUGGUUCUGUAUACCAUGAAGAGAAAAUGGAACAAUUGAAAUACAUUGGAGAAAUUGGCUCUAGAGCCAAUCUUCCAUGGGUAAUCAUAGGUGAUCUCAAUAUUACUAUGCAUGCCCAUGAAAGAUCUACUUUCUCGACUCCCACUAAUGUAGGGUAUCCUGAAAUUCAAUCAAUCAUAGAUACUGCUGAUAUUUCUGAUUUAGGAUACAUUGGAAAUAAAUUUACUUGGAACAAUAGACCGUCUGGCAAUGAUUGUAUUUAUGCUCGACUAGAUAGGGCUCUUGAUAAUGAUCAUUGGUUAACCCAUUAUGGUUCCUCUUUUGUCCGCCAUAUUGACACUAUAGGUAGUGAUCAUAUACCAAUUAUCUUGGAGACUAAUCCCAUGUCUAGCCAAGAUGUUAGAGGCUCUUCUCCAUUCAGAUUAAUUAACAAACUUAGGUUUGUUAAACAUGAUCUAAAACAUUGGAAUAUCCAUCAUUUUGGAAAUAUUGAUCAUAAGUGGGUUAAUGAUAGAGUUAAUCUUGAAACCCUAUUGGUAAAUAAUUUCAGUUCGAUAGGGACUACUUCUAAUCCUUAUAGAAAUACUGAAAUUCUUAAUUGCAUAGACCCUUGCAUCUCAGAUAUUGAUAACUUGUCCCUUCUUAGACCUGUUACUAAGCAGGAAAUUAUUAACACAAUAAACCAAAUGACCCCCUGGACUUCCCCAGGGCCCGAUGGUUUUCCACCUGGGUUUUAUAAAGAAAAUAUUGGUCUUCUCAUAGACGAUGUUUGGCAAACAGUCAAUAGUUUUUUUGAAUCUAAACAUCUUUUAAAGGAGAUGAACCAUACUUUCUUGUCUUUCAUCCCAAAAAUAGAUAAUCCUUCUAGUCCCUCUAAUUUUAGACCUAUCUCAUUAUGUAAUACUAAUUACAAAAUCAUUUCUAAGAUUAUUGCGAAUAGAAUGAAACUGUUUCUAAGCAAAAUGAUAAGCCCUUAUCAUGCUGCUUAUGUUCCUAAUAGGAAUAUUCAAGACAAUGUCAUCAUUGCUCAUGAACUGGUUCACACAAUGAAGAGGAAGACGAAAAAGGAUAAAUGGGGUGUCAUGGGCCUUAAACUUGACAUGUGUAAGGCCUUUGACAGAGUUGAAUAUUGUUUUCUAAGAGAUAUUCUUAAAGCUUUUGGAUUUUCUGAGCAUUGGUAUCUCAUUCAUGCUGAAGAGAAUAACCUUAUUCACGACAUUAAAGUUAGCAGAUUACCCCCUAGCAUAAAUCAUCUUCUUUUUGCCGACGAUUGUCUCAUUUUUGCAAAAGCCUCUCAUACUGAAGCUAAUAAUCUGUUGGGAUUAAUUAAGGAUUUUUGUAUGGCUUCUGGUCAAGUGAUUAAUCUUCAAAAAUCUGGAUGUUUCUUUAGUAAUAAUGUACAUCCUGAUCAUGUUGUUUCCAUUAUCAACGACUUAAAAGUUAAGAAGAUUGCUUUGAAUGAAAAACACCUAGGUCUUCCCCUUUUUAUAACUAGUUCUAGAACUGAUUCCUUUAACUAUCUUAAUGAUCAUUUUGAUAAAAUGGUUGCUAAGUGGAAAGCUUGGAAGUUGAUUCACAAUCCUAAUGCUCUGUGGGUGGCCAUUCUUAGAUGCAAAUACUUUAAUAACUGUCACCCUCUUCACUACUCUAAGAAGGAUGAUUGUUCCUGGGCUUGGAGGAAUACUUGUCGAGGUUUAGAUUUCAUUUUGAAACAUUCUAUUUGGGAAGUUAAGGAUGGUAAGAGUAUUUCUGCAUUUAGAGAUAGAUGGAUUUAUAAUUCUUGUGAGCCUAUGCUUGUUGCUAACCCCAGUCCGAACCUUACUGUCUCUGAUUUCAUAAAUGAUGAUACUAAAUCUUGGAAUUCUGAGCUAGUUAGAUCUUUUUUCACUCCUAAUAAUGCUAAAAAUAUCCUUGAUUCUAGGAUCCCCAUUUCAGGAAGUGAUAGACUUAUUUGGCCACAUUCUAAAAAUGACCCAUUUAACGUUAAGUCUGCUUAUAAAGUCAUCUCUGGCCAGAUUGAGUAUAUGUAG